UAUACAUAAAUAAAGUUAGAGUUUGAACGACAUGAAAACUUCAAAAAGUUCCCCUGUAAAAUCCACGUCUGUCGCCUUAACGUGCCACGGAUGCACUAUGCCGUACGGCGACUACAAACAAUUGCUGGAACAUCUAUAUUGGCGUCACGGGACCGAGAGUUUUUGGUGUAAAAUGUGCGGUUUGAAACGCUGGGGAUUCGCCAUUCACAUAUGUCAUGUCCUGCCAAUAAAAAACGAAGAUGGGGGCAAUGAAUCGGAUGAUUCGCAGUAUUAUUCUGAGAGGGAGUCCGAUUACUGCUUCUGCGGCAAAUAUAUUGCAGAUGCCCAGAUGAUUGGAUGUGACGGGCCGCAUUGCGUAUACCAGUGGUAUCAUUUUGAAUGUGUUGGAAUACAAACACCUCCAGAAGGGGAGUGGUUGUGUUCAGAGUGUAUCAAACUUCAAAAAUCUCAGAAGCGUGGCGGACAUACAACUUGAUAAUCUUACAAAAGAAGAUACAGACUCAAUUACCUUGGAAGGGUUAUGAG